UGUCAAUAAAAGUUACUAUACAAGCACUGGGCGAGUGUGGCUAAUCGAUGAUCGUUCCAUUACUAGUACCUUUGUAUUCAAACCCCGGGAUACAAGCUGAAGGAUCUAUUCCACAUUAUCAAUAUGGAUUCCAGAUAGAAAUACGUUUUUGACAAGGAUCAUCACAGACGGCUUAUCAAAUAUAUGGUGCCGAAUUUUAAAGAAUGGCUAAUUUCGGAAAUGAUGUCGUAACUCUCAGUGAAGAUUCAAAAAAGUAUUUGAAAGAACAGCUUUUGAAGUACAGUGAUACCAACAAAGAUGGUGUUAUUUCAAAAGAUGAAAUUUGGGACUGUUUGAACUACAUUGGUAUCAAUAUUGACGACGAGAAAUCAAUGGACGUCGUUAUGGAAUUGUUUGAUACAAACGAAGAUGGGGAUCUAAGUGUUGAUGAGAUUGUUAACCAAUGGGAAGAACUACAAGUACAUUCUCUUCGUAGUGAGGAACUGAUGACAUGUUUUGAAAAACUGGACAAAAACGGAGAUGGAUUUAUUCGUUUACCAGAGUUAAGGGCAGUUUUGACUAAAAAAGGAAGAAAUCAGUUCAGUGGGACUGAAGCUGCAGAAAUUAUACAGGAGCUUAAAUUAAAAUUUGAUAAAAACAACGAUGGCAAAUUCAGCUAUCCAGAAUUUGUACAGAUGUAUGCUGACACAGAAUUCCAUUUUAAACCUAAAGAAAAGAAAAAUGAAACAUUACCAGAUGCUAAAGUAUCAAUGGAGGACUAACAAAAUAAUUUAUUUAUAUAUUUAUUGCAUUACCCAUAAAUCAAUGUACAUG